AUGUCUAAUUCAGUGAAAGAAAGGACGUUUAUGUCGUACGAUGUAAAACAGAGCGAGGAAUCUACAAGUAGUGCUAAAGAAGCAAUUAACGACCUAUCUGAGCCUUUGCAGACAGAAUAUAAUUAUUACAUGCAGUACAAGACUAUUUUCAAUGUACUCGAGGAGUUCGCAAGGCAAGAAGACUGUGGGGAUAGUGAAAAUGACAAACUGAAAUCAAAAGUAUAUGAAAUUAUUGUCCAAGAAAGUCUGGCUCAAACGACUAGAUUGGGCGAUCUCGAGGACGACAUACUUGGCGUUAAAGAUGUAAAUUCGUUAAGCUUAACGUAUUUAGAGUCUCGCAGACUUGAAGAAAUAGUUAAGAAAAAAUUAAUCGAAAAGCAGUGCCAGUUAACAAAUAAAAACGGAAUGUUAGAUAAAAACAAAUCAAAACUGUUGACUUCCGAUCCCUCAUUAAACGAACUAAUUGAAAAUAAAAAUCAAUUGAUUGCUCUGAAGCAAGAAUAUGUGAAAAAUCUGCUUACUUUAGCAGAACUGAUGACUGAACUCAAGGAAAUGAGGCUAAACGAAUUGCCGCAAGCCCUAGAGAUGAAAAUAGAAGAAUGGACCCUAUCCGGAAAGAUUUGCAAUUUGAAGGCGAGAUUACUGACUAGCAAGAAUCGUGUAGAUGCCUUUACAGAAACAAGUACCUCACUUGAGGCAUACAAGCAGCUUGUGAAGGACAUUAAACGAGAGCAACGAGUAUGCGAGGAAGAAAUUGAAAAUCUGAAGCAGUUGAAGAGACAAUACGAACAAGUAUCUUGUAAACAAUAUGAUGAGAUUUUAAAAUCUUAUUUGGAAUAUAAGGCAGCACUUGAAAGGAAGAAGCUUCUCUAUUCACGAUUUAAAGACAAAGUAUGA